AAAAAAAAAUGGAAUUGUUUCAUGAUUUAUUAUCCCCAAGAUGAUUUGGAAGGUGUUUUUUAUUUAAUGGGCAACAACAAACACCAUUGAAGUAGAAGUACUCUGGAUAUAACUUUCCUUGCCAUUUUCCCGAGAAAAUAAAAAUGGAAAAAGAAAGGACCAGGCCCACAUGAGGGUGACCAUGUAGGGGUAGCCGCUGCCAAUUCAGCUACUCUGCCUAAUAUCAGAAAACCUAGAAACAGAUACAAAGAUUCCAGAGAGAGAAACCAAAGAGUUUUUACACAUACAUAUGCUUUGUAGGGAGGGAGGGAGAGAGAGAGAAAUAAUGGCCGAGGCUGAGCCAUUACCAGAACUUGUACAAGCACUAGAGCAAGCAACCCUAAUGGCAAAGCAACUCCCCACCACCGCAGACCCCACCCACCUCCAUCACAUCUACUCCUCCCUCCACCACGCCCACCACCGCCUUUCCUCCUUCCUCUCCCUCCCCUCCCAGCCACCGCCGCCGCCGCCCCCGCCGGAGCCGAUGCAGGUGGGUGAUGAAUGGGAAGACGAAACAGAGGUGACUUCAAAGGACCCAAUUGACAAGGUCGAGGAGCGAAUGAGGGAUUGUUAUAUUCAAAACAAGAGACGGAAGAGACCGCUGUCGCCAUCAUCUGUGGCAGAGCCCAGGAAGUAUGCGGCAGAGGUUGCCGGGUUCGACGCCAGGGAAUCAAGGUUGAAGGCUCUGGAUCUUGUGUAUCAGUUUCAUGGUUGAGACUUGAGAGAAAAUGAAAACAGAGGACAAAAACAGAGCAAAACAGGGGAGUUUUUAAUACUUACAUUGUUAGUACAAACGAAUUGAGAAGAAUUGAGAAUGAUUAUUGAAAUAACUGAGUUCAAGCUGUGUUUUGUUGGUUGUAGAAUACCUGGAUUGAAUAAGAACAUCAAUGAAUUCAUUAACCCAAAUUGGGUUGAUUCCA